AAACUCACGCGAUGACUUUCGUCCCUCUCCUUCACCGCCCACUAGCCAUGAUCUCUCCCGCGCGCCCCGCUCCGCCGUUCCUCGUGGACCGCCUCCCCGACGACGCUCUCGCGCUCGUCCUCCGCGCGCUCGCGCAAGACUCCUUCCGCUGCGCGCUCGUAUCCAAGCGCUGGCACCGCCUUGCCACCGCCGCGCUCUCGCAUUUGACCGUUCAGCACCGCGGAUUCAAGCAGUUCGUUCUUGAAAUUACUUCGUCCCAAAAUACCAGGAUCAGAAAUACGGAGUAGGUAUACAGUAGGUACGGGAUGGAUACGUCUGCUACGGAGUAGCCUUGCUAUACGAACAACUAUACCUACAAUAUAGGAGAGAUCCACAUUUUUGUGACGUUCUCACGAGCACUUCCGAAACGCGCAACUUGCGUGGCUCCCUCUCCCCGGACUCCUUUCCGCUCUCCGGCGCUUCCCCACCCUCACACACGUGUCGCUGGGCGAAUUCUUGAUCCCAUCCCCCGACGGCGACGCGCUCUUCCAAUGCCUGGCCGCCACGUGUCCGCGCCUGACGCAUCUAACGGUGGAGCAUCAGUUUCGCAUGCGCGUGACGGUCAACGGCCUCGCGUACCUCUUCCAUGGCUGUCGCAAGCUAAGGGAUUUCCGCCUUCUGACCACCAACGGUCUC